UGUAACUCUGAACACUGUCUUCAGUCUAAUGCUCGAUGCAAAUCAAAACUGUUGGCAGAACAAGCUAGCUCUAUUACCUGCAUUUUUCUAGCUAGUUUUUCUUUUAUUUUUGCUUUUCAUCUUAAUUUGCAACAUUCAAGGCUGAAACAAGUGGUGGCACCGCCAGUUAACACAAUGCAGCGCCGCCGUGGAUUCAUUGGGGUUGUUGCAUUAUGUUGCCUAGUGUUGUUGGAGUGUUUGAAGGUGUCUGGUAAGGUUCCAGCUCCGGGAAAAGUUUCUGACCUACAUUGGCAUCCAGCCACCGCCACUUGGUACGGCAGUCCUGACGGAGACGGUAGCGACGGAGGGGCAUGUGGGUACGGCUCGUUAGUUGACGUGAAGCCACUUAGGGCCAGGGUGGGAGCGGUGAGCCCAGUGCUGUUCAAGAACGGGGAAGGGUGUGGGGCAUGCUACAAAGUUAGGUGCCUAGACAAGAGCAUAUGCUCAAGGAGGGCCGUGACCAUCAUUGUAACCGACGAGUGCCCUGGAGGGUACUGCGCCAAUGGCCGCACCCACUUCGACCUGAGUGGUGCAGCCUUUGGCCGCAUGGCUAUAAACGGUGAGAGUGCACAGCUCAGGAACCGAGGCGAACUCCCAGUCGUUUACAGAAGGACCCCAUGUAAAUAUCCUGGGAAGAACAUUGCCUUCCAUGUUAAUGAAGGUUCAACUGAUUAUUGGCUAUCUCUUCUGGUGGAGUUUGAGGAUGGAGAUGGAGAUGUUGGGUCAAUGCAUAUAAGAGAAGCAAAUUCUGAUGAGUGGUUAGAGAUGAAUCAUCUAUGGGGAGCAAAUUGGUGCAUAAUUAGGGGACCCUUGAAAGGACCAUUCUCGGUGAAACUAACAACACUAUCAACAGGAAGAGCGCUCUCUGCAAGGGAUGUCAUUCCAAGAAAUUGGUCGCCAAAAGCAACUUACACCUCUCGCCUUAACUUCUUCUAACCGUGGAAAGUAAUGCCAAUUGGUUCAUUGCACCCUAGUCCCCAUGACACAAAAAGUAUUCGUUGUCCCCCUCCUCCUUUUUUAAAAAAGAGAAGGUAAUCGUUGGACAGCAUAAUAGCAUCCAAGGGUCUUUCUUCUUCUGUUUCCACCCCACGAGUUUUCUCUACUUUAGUAGUGUGCAAGUGGUUGUAGAUGUAGCCCUCUCCAAAGGAGAGAGUGCGUUUAGUAUCGUUCCUGCCAUUCGUGUUUGAAUGUAAGUUUGUGGCCCAAUGGAUUUUAAUGAAAUUUGGAGCAUUGAAUGUAAGAGUACUAGUAUUUAUUGUGUGUCAA